AUGAAGAAAGAGGAAUCCCAGCGGCUUUCAGCCAAGCACAACCAGAUAAGUAGACAGUUGAUGCUAUCUGACACAAACGUCUAAAAAUGGACCUUAAAAUAGGAUCAAUCAAUGUUAGAGGUUUGGGAGACUUCGUCAAGUGGCGAGAAGUCUUUAACUGAUUUGAGAAAAAGAAAAUUCAGUAUAUUUUAGUCAAGAAAUGCACUGUACAGAAAACAAUAAGAAUGAUUGCCUUUCCGAAUAGGGCUAUCAAGCUUUGUUCAGCUGCUGCACCAGUAGAAAGGGAGGUGUUGCCAUACUUUUUAAUAAUAACUUCAUUUUUCAAAUUUCUGAACCAUAUUCCAAUCCUGAGGGACGUUUUAUAAUCUGUGAUUUGACUGUAAACAGGAAACAAUUAACGCUGACAAACAUUAACAGUCCAAACAACGAUUCAAAUUUCUUCACCGCGGUUUUUAGUCAUUUGGCUGAUUUCAAGUGCGACAAGAUCAUAAUCGCUGGCAGUUUCAAUUUAGUUUUAGAUGUCAAAAAUGAUAAAAAGGAUUAAUCUCAGCAGUUAUUUGUCUAUGAAGACAAAACACCAAAACCCAAUCUAAGUAUGAAAAUCGCUUUUCAAAAUUUCUUAUGAGUCAAAAGCCAUCUAAAUUUAUAUACCAAGAAAUUGGGUCGAAAAAACUGUGAAAGGGCAAUUUCAUGUCAAGGAAAGUGGCGCAAAGACAUCAACCUUCCAACAAAGGAAAUUAUUAAUUGGAAAGUCGCUUAUCAAACAUCCUUUAAAUGUACAAAGAGCAGUAAACUUAUCACUUUCAACUUCAAAUUGUUACAUCGCCUGUUACCAACUCUUUCUUAAAAAAAAGUCGAACUUAGAGAGGAUGAUAAGUGCACUUUUUGUCAUAAGGAAGUGGAAAACUUGAUGCACUUAUUUUGGAGAUGGGAAAAAAACAAAAAACGUUUGGGAUAGUCUUUUUAAGUGGAUGCAGUCUUGCCAACUUCCUUUGGGUGAACUUAAUUACUUACUCGUAAAAGCAGCUUUGGGUCUGAGGCCAGAUAGAUCUAAAAACAAACUCCAUAUCAAUUUUUGUUGCGUAAUUGCCAAGCACUAUAUCUGGCUUUGUCUCUUAAAAGAAUAUCCUCCCAAUUUAAACAACUUUUUGCUUUAUUUGAAACACAUUUAUCAACUAGAAAACAAUGCCUUUACUGUCAAAAAUAAAUGGGAGCCCUUGCUGCCUUAUAUAAGCCUUUUGAUCCGAGUCUCCAAAACUUAAUUAAAUAUACAUAUCUUCUCUACAUCUUUUUUUGUAUUGUUUUGACUGUGCCCUUUUACCCAAGGAAAAAAAAGGAAACGAAAGAGCAGGGAGUGAAAAAGGAAAAAUCAGAAAAGAUGUAUUAACCUCGCUAUUUGCUGUGAGCCUGUUGCUCUCCUCUCAAUUGAUUUUUUUUUUUCAUUUGUCACUUUCUACUUGUAUGUCAUUUGUUGUUGUUGUUGUUAAAAUAAAUAAAAAUUUAAAAAAAAACUGCCUUGUAUCCAGGCAUCUCUCUCAAUGAAAAGGCGGGAAGGGGAAACAGGCGAGAAGUCUGGCAGAUCUCUUAUGGGGGGAAGAGUAAUGGACCACAAGUACAAAAUCUUAAGAAAUGAAUUUAAACGGUUCACAUUGCACAGUUGGAGAAUAAAAUUACUUGUCCACACCCUAUGUGUGAGAAGGCCGUUUUCUUCCAAAGAACUGGCCUCUAGCAACAUUACAGGCUUCAUCACCCAGGCGUGACUUUCCUACCGAUAAUUGAUAAUUGCACGCCAGAGAGGCAAGAAACAUCUUAAGCUCUUCGAAAAGCAGUCAGGAGAAGAAGUAUUUACAUGAGUUUUGAAUUUUGAAGCUUAAUUAAUGUCUACCCUAUUAAUUAUGUUAGGGUUCGAGUGAUGAAACUAUCUUUGCUAUCGAGAUGGCAGACGAGUUGUGGCAAAACGACCAAAUCAGGCUACCAACAUGUUUGCCAGGUAUUUGUGACAUACUGGCCGAUUCACAGAAUACUUGACAGGCAACAAACCAGUUUUAACAAAACUUUCCACCUCGAACUUACUGGUGAAAUUCAAAGCUUGGAAUGGCUGCAAAGAAUUUCAGGACACGAAAUCCAAGGGCACCGUUGCAAAUCAGGGCCAUGUUUUGUAGGAAAGAUAACACUUUUAGAUUAUUAUUGACAUAUUAGAUUCAUCAUAAAUUGAGAGAUGUUCCAAAAAAGUAAUGUGUUUUCAGAUUUCUGAAUCGAAUGGUUUCUCAAAAAGCAAAUCAGUCCACAAAUUUGUACCGAAGUAAUUAAUCUAGUGAAAUUAUUAUACUUUUUUAACAAAAUAUCCUAGUAUUACAACGAUACCUUUUGAUCUAGUCUUGUGAAAUCCUCUGUGACUGUACCUUGCUAACAUAAUAAAUAUUGGAACCUACCAUAAUCAAUAGUAGGCAUUCAUUAAGUCUCAAAAACAUUUACUGUAAUGAACUUUAUCGUAAAACAUACUGCCUGUCCAAAGUGGGUCUCAAAAAGGCUAGAAAAUGUUUCUUACCUCCAUGGUACGCGACUAAUUCAUAAACAAGGCAGCUGCUUCUUUGAUUUUUGGUAAGGCGAUCACUUCUGGAUGACUGCAUUGUAAGCAGUAAGUUGCUCCAGUCCACUUUUUGUGGAUGAACAGGGUCUAAAAAUACUGCAAAUGUAUUCUUUUCCUCACAUUUCACAGAAUGAUCUACUCUAAACCCCUUCCAUUUUGAGAUGUUACCUGGUACAUUGUGGACCAAUUUUGUGUAGUGAUUUAAAACUCACCUUGUUUGUCUUAAAAUAAAUUAGUGAUAGCUUUGCUUUAAAAGUGUUAGACAAUGUUGUUACCUCUAUGGAGGAGGAGGCUGAAGUGAUCAAUGAGACACCACUACAACAUAGCCAGACAGGUGAUGUGGCCAUAGGCAGUUUAAAACAGUGUUUGGAUAUCAUACAUUCCAUGGCUGGGAAAUAGACACCGUCAAUGCCAUUUUAAGUAAAAACUACUGCGUUGUACUAAUGCCAACUGGUGGUGAAAAGACUGUGUGUUACACAGUGCUGAGGUUCAUUCCUCCUGGAGUCACCAUUGCUGUCACUCCUCUGAUUGCCCUUAUAGUUGAUCAGUGCAACGCUUGCAUAGGGUUGGACUUAAUGUGUUAUCUUCUUUCAAGUAUGGAGGAUAAGGGGAAAAUGGUUGUUUGACACUACCUAACUAUGCCUAACCCAUCAAACAAGUUCCUCUUCACCACUCCUAAAACUAUUACAACUUCAAAUGACAAAUGUUUGAUGCAAAUUAUGACUGCGAAUAACACGCUUGCCCAAUUUUUUAUAGACAAGGCCCACUGUAUUGACUGCUGGGGGUUUAAUUUCUGUCCCAGUUACUCCAGCCUAGGGUCACUAAAGGAUUAUGGUGUACCUAUAGUGGUCCUGAGCACUAGAUAUGUUAUGGAAAUAUAUCAGAAUGUCGUAAAAUACUGUUUGGAAGUAAGAUUUCGAAGGAAUUGUCAAUGUUUUAGCCAAUUUUUUAACAGAUUUUGCGCAAGAUAAUAGGACAUUUAAAGAUGGCGUAUUCUAUCACACGAAGAACUGUUAGCUGAAGAUUUGAGAGAAAAUGACGAAGAAUAUGGCAGUUUCGACAACUCCGAAUCGGACGAAGGGGAAGAAGAUGAGAUGAUGUGCAGUAGUCCACUCAAGUCUCCUUGGCAUACAACUAAUAGCGGGAGUUUUGCUUUUCCGCCAUUGCAUCCAUCAAGUCGUUUGCAUGUGUUUUAUGGUUCGCCUUUGCUGCCAUAUAAACUAUUCACUUAGGCCUUUAAAUUUCCAAUACCUUAUUAUAUUUGAAUGUCCUCCACUAAACUAUAAUUUCAAAACAGUAUAUUUGUCUGCAAGUUGUCUGAAAUAUUCGUUGUUCUCUGUUGAGUUUUUUGUCAAAAAUGAAUGAGCCUUUUGAUAGCGUGUGCAAACAUAGUAUUGAUUGUAAUUGCCUUUUUUGUUAGGAGUUCAUAUCAACUUUAAAUGAUAACAUGGUGCAUCAGCUAUGUGUAAGGGUACUGAGUCGGGGUGUUCAGAGUAUGGAGUAUAUAGACCGUCUUGUGAUCAUGGAGGAUGGUGAUGAUGAUGACAAUGGUGUGAAUAAUUUUGAGGAAAGUGAGGAGACUUCACCUACGGACAGUGGAUGUUCAAAGCCUGCACUCUGGGAACCAGCACCAGACUGGUGCAAUUGCAGACACUGUUAACUUAUGGCUCGAGAGAUUGAGAACAAAUGCUGUGGACAAAGAAAGUGUGACACAAAGAGUAGACAUUUUAAAAAACUGUGUCUGCAUCCAGAAGUACUCGAACUGUGCUUUAGGAAUGACCGUGAGGAUACCAGUACAUCUUCCUUCGGCAAAGCUGCUAACAGACAAUUUAGCUUGGAAAUGUAUGUUCAUCUAGAAUAAGGUAAUGGCAAGGUUGCCACAACUUCUGUAGUGAUCCAAGUUAGAAGACAAUAUCCUUCACUGACUGGAAUAUAUAUGGGGUUCAGACCACAAUAA